GGAAACUCAUUCUCUACGAUCCUCAAGGCAAGGAAAUAUGGACGGUUAAUAAUGGCGGAUCCACCUGUGCAGCCAUGCUUAAUUCAGGAAAUUUUGUGCUAAUAAAUGGAGAUUCGAAGUAUAUAUGGGAGAGCUUCAGAGAGCCUACUGAUACAAUUUUGCCAGGCCAGAUCCUAGGCAUGGAUGGAAAUCUUAAUUCGCGCCAAUCGGAGGCGAACUAUACCAAGGGAAAAUUCCAGCUCAGUUUGCAAAAAGAAGGAAAUCUUGUACUCUACACUAUAUUUUUGCCAACUGGAGAUGAAAGUAGUGCUUAUUGGGCUACUGGAACUGUGAGUAAGAAUGCUGAUUUCCAACUUAUUUUCGACGAGGCUGGUUAUGUCUACUUAAAACAAGGGAACAAAAACAUACGAAACAUCACAAAAAAUGACAUGGGUUCACCACAGGAGUUCUACUACAUGGCAAGAAUUGAUUAUGAUGGAGUUUUCAGGCAUUAUAAUCAUCCAAGAAAAAAUUAUGCUGUUGGUACCGAAGGCUGCAAGUCGUCUUGGUCUAUCAUUCAAAACACCCCAGAAGAUAUGUGCGGCGCAAUAGUGGGAGGUCUUGGGAGUGGGGCAUGUGGAUAUAAUAGCUAUUGUGUGAACUCAAAUGGAAAGCCCCAAUGCUUCUGCACGGAUGGAUACUCUUUUGUCGACUCAUUUGAUAAGAAUAAAGGCUGCAAGCCAAAUUUUCAAUUGCCUAGUUGCCAGCAAAAUGGUUGGGAAUUGAACAUGGAUUCUAUAGAGUUUAAGGAGUUGAAUAACACUGACUGGCCCUUAACUGAUUAUGAACGUCAGACUGGAUCCCAAGUAGACGAGUCUAGGUGUUAA